GCCGCGCUACGUGUGGCGGGCGCCCUUAUAGCCGCGGCCCGGCCCGGCCCCGCACCAGCCGUCACCAUGUCGAGCCGGCAGCAGACGGAAUCAACCAAUGUGGUGUACCAAGCCCAUCAUGUCAGCAGGAGCAAGAGAGGACAAGUUGUCGGUACCAGGGGUGGAUUCCGAGGCUGCACGGUUUGGCUAACAGGCCUUUCUGGAGCUGGCAAGACAACCAUUGGCUUUGCUUUGGAAGAGUACUUGGUCUCUCAUGGCAUCCCUUGCUAUUCCCUGGAUGGUGAUAAUGUUCGGCAUGGCUUGAAUAAAAACCUGGGUUUCUCUGCUGCGGACCGCGAGGAGAACAUCCGCCGCAUCGCAGAGGUGGCCAGGCUGUUUGCUGACGCUGGGCUUGUCUGCAUAACUAGUUUCAUUUCUCCUUUUGCAAAGGAUCGUCAAAAUGCACGGAAAAUUCAUGAGGCAGCUGGACUUCCUUUCUUUGAAAUCUUUGUAGAUGCUCCUCUAAAUAUUUGUGAAAGCAGAGAUGUGAAGGGCCUGUACAAAAAGGCAAGAGCUGGAGAGAUCAAAGGAUUCACGGGGAUUGACUCAGAGUACGAGAAGCCCGAGUCUCCUGAGCUAGUGUUGAAAACGAAUGUUGCGUCAGUGUCUGAAUGCAUUCAGCAGGUUGUGGAGCUCCUCCAAACACAAAACAUUGUGCCCUAUAGCUCAACUAAGGAUGUUCUUGAGUUGUUUGUACCUGAAAAUAAAUACCAGAGUGUCCGAGCUGAAGCAGAGAUGCUGCCAUCCGUAGAGAUCACUAAGCUGGAUCUGCAGUGGGUGCAGGUGCUGAGCGAAGGCUGGGCCUCUCCGCUGACCGGCUUCAUGCGCGAGGCAGAGUACUUGCAAGCGAUCCAUUUUGGCACCCUGCUGAAUGGAAGGAAUCACUCUCUAGCUGACGGCGUUGUCAACCUGAGCAUCCCCAUCGUGCUGCCUGUAUCCACGGAGGACAAGGAGCGGCUGGAGGGCCACGAGGCGCUGGCGCUCAGCUACGAGGGCCGGAGGGUGGCCAUCCUGAAGAACCCCGAGUACUUCGAGCACAGGAAGGAGGAGCGCUGCGCCCGGGUCUGGGGCACCACCUGCGCCAAGCACCCGCACGUCAAAAUGGUGAUGGAGAGUGGAGACUGGCUGGUUGGUGGAGACCUCCUCGUGCUGGAGAAGAUCAAAUGGAAUGAUGGGUUGGACCAGUACCGCCUGACACCUCUCGCUCUCAAGCAGAAGUUCAGAGAAAUGAAUGCUGAUGCUAUCUUUGCAUUUCAGCUGCGCAACCCUGUCCACAACGGGCACGCCCUGCUCAUGCAGGACACACGGCGCCAGCUUUUGGAGAGGGGUUACAAAAACCCCGUGCUUCUCCUGCACCCCCUGGGAGGAUGGACCAAAGAUGAUGAUGUCCCGCUGGAGUGGCGGAUGAAACAGCACGCAGCAGUGCUGGAGGAGCAAGUCCUGGACCCGAAAUCAACCAUCGUUGCAAUCUUCCCCUCUCCCAUGCUCUACGCUGGCCCCACAGAGGUCCAGUGGCACUGCCGAGCUCGCAUGAUUGCUGGGGCCAAUUUCUACAUUGUGGGGCGCGACCCUGCGGGCAUGCCUCACCCCGAGACCAAGAAAGACCUGUAUGAACCCACGCAGGGAGGGAAAGUCCUCAGCAUGGCGCCAGGCCUCACCUCGGUGGAAAUCAUCCCCUUCCGUGUGGCUGCUUACAAUAAACUGAAAAAAGCCAUGGAUUUUUAUGACCCAAAAAGGCACGAUGACUUUGACUUCAUCUCGGGAACACGCAUGAGGAAGCUUGCUCGGGAAGGUGAAAACCCACCAGAUGGCUUCAUGGCCCCCAAAGCCUGGAAAGUCCUGACUGAGUAUUACCAGUCCCUGGAAAAGAAGAAUUAACACUACUCCUCCUCCCUAGAAAUACUUGUAUUAAGAGUGAGCAAUGAUUGAUUGAUUCCCUAUGACACAGAUCAGUUAUUUGGCAUUUCCAAUGCUCUGACUGUAGGAUUUUUCUACCUGGGUCAGAGUGUUUUUUACUAAUCAGAAAUACUUUGAGCCUGGUCCUUCUCCCCUUGCUGCUGGGAGUGUCCUCAUGGAGCUGGGAGGGGAGGGCACUAAGGCAGUAAGCCCUUCGUUCCCAGCUGAGCACGGCUGUAGGAAGCCCGGUGUGGCCUCCGGGUAGGCCAGCUGGAUCAUUUUGGUGCUGUCAGGGCUGCGCUGCAGCCCCCGGUGCAGAGCUGGGACCUCAGCACUGGGACAAAAAUAGGAUAAAAAUUAAGAAGUGCCUUUCUGCUGCCCCUGGCCCGGCGCUGCCUGAAGAGACAGGAGCAGCUGCUGAAGCAAGGAGUGGUCGCUGCUGACAGAGUGGGAGAGGGAAACAAGCACUCGAUGCUGGGAUCCAGUCUCUGCCCUCCAGGUUGUGCCUUAGACAAUUUAUUGCUAACAAACAGUGGGAUUUUUUAAUGCCCUUUUUUUAAAAGGAGUUUUUAAAAAUUUUUUAAAUCAGCCUUGACCAUCACCAGUUCCUCGUGGCAAAGUUGAUUUUUUACUGUUCUUCCUUGCUUCCUCCUGCUUGACCUCUCUGGUCAAAACAAAGAAUGAGGUUUGGGCUGAGCAUCACGGCUGCUCCCAGUUCAGCUUUCCACGAGGACCCGGCCGUGACGAUCCCAGCUCAGGGCCGGCUGGGAGCACUGGUGGGGGAACCUGUCUGGGGAGGCACUCUAAAGCCCAGAGAUCUCCAAGGUAGCCUAGGGCAACAAGCAAAAACUAGGGAUGCUGCUUUCAUGGGUGUCCUCCUGCCUGGCAGGAUUGGAGACACAACCCCCCUCUGCCCAUGCUCUUCCCAUCCAAAAGGCAAAUUAAAGGCAAAAUAUCAAACUGGCAGUGUGAGGAGGACCUGAGUGGCUGCGCCCCAUGAAUCAGGCGAGAGGUGGCUCAAGCGCUUGCCCUCAUCUGUACCCUUAGCCCUGCGUGGGCACGGGUGCCCUGAUUUUACUUUGUGUCUGGUACCUGAUUUUACUCUGUGUGUGUGGGAUGGUGAUGCUGGCUCCAGCUGGCGGAUGGCAGAGAAGUCUGUCCUUCCUCCCCGUGCGGUGUGCUGCUGUGCGAGGGGUGAUGGGGCUGAGCUGGGAGCCGUGGCUGGUGCUGCUCCCACCUCUGGCUGGUGGAAAGUUACUGCAGAUCUUUUUUUCUUCCCCCACCCCAUUGAGAUGGACUUUGCUGGUGUGCAUGAGGUUUUUCCGCUGACUGGCAGCUCUCACGGUGACCUUGGCUGGGGCUGAGCUGCCUGACUCAACGCUGGAGCUUUAUCUGGCCCUGUCUGUGUCUCGCCCCACCUCACUGGGGCAUGUCCUGGUGGUGGCUGAGCUUGGAGCACAGCCCUGCGCAGCUGGAAGCCCCACUGUGCUGCCCACGGCGCUCGGUGUGAGGCUUUCAUGGGCAGAAACAAUUAUGCACUAUCAUGGCAGUCUGAAUUGAUGAUUUUUGUACUCAUCCUUUUUAGUAGACACCCCAGGACCAGUCAGAAUGUGUUUCAAACACAACGGAAAUAGCGUUCUCCUCCUCUUCUACUUCAGAUUUAAUUGUGAACAGAUCUGCGCCCCGUAACAACAAUCCUGCUUCUGCUUGUAGCUCAGGACCGAGAGACACACCGCAAGCUACACCCUGCUUUGUGGUGGCCAUGGUACAGCGUCCAAGACUAUGGAUGCCAUUGGGAAUACUUUUGAGAAAAAAAAAAAAACAACUUUUCAUUUAUCAACUGUUUUGGGUUGGGGCUUUUUUCCCAAUUUUUUUUUUAUUUUUUUUUUUAAAGUAUUUGGAGCAAGGAGCCCAAAGCUGUGUUAUACCUCCAGAAAAAUGCUGCAACACCCCUGGCAGUAGCUGGAUGCACACUUGUACCUGUGCCUUUUACACUCAGACCCUCUGGCAGGGACCUGGAAGACAAAAGCAAUACUCCCAUUUCUGAUUGCAAUAUUUGUAAAUUUUAAGUAGUGAAAUAGUGCUGUUGCCACUCAUCUUAGAAUAAUCAAAUGGUUGAAAAAGAAACCACCUGCAGUAAAUCCAAAUGGUUACAGCAAAACACAAAUGCUGUGUUACCCUUUAAAAAUAGCAUAGUGUGCUGAUUACCUCUGAUUAAACCGGGGUAUGUGGACCAGGGGUUUUUUAUAGUGUAUUUAUUAAAUAAGACAUGAGACUGGAAUUUGUACCUCAACUGAUGCAUCUCAUGAUUGAAUAUAUUCUCAACUUGAUACAUCUCAUGAUUGAAUAUAUUCUCAACUUGAUACUCUGCUACAAUACAAUCACUUUUACUACAAAUAAAUAUUUAUACAUGUAA